AGAGAAACUGCCACAACAAGCGAGAACAUGAUAGAACUGUCGUCACUUGUCCAUGGUUGUGUUUCUAAAACGCCAGUGAGGAUUAAUUCCCUCUGUGCACACGUGUGUUUAUAAACACUGCCAGGAGAACCGGACACUGACUGUUAGUGUAUGUGAUUAAACAGCUCUCCUCAGGAAGAGAACAUGUCUGUGCACUUUGAGGAGAGGAGCGGAGCGGCUCUGUGCCAAACUCCCUGGGGUUCAUGGUACCAGACCAUGGAAGAGGUGUUUAUAGAGGUUAAUGUUCCUCCUGGAACAUCUAGCAAAGACAUCAAGUGCAGCCUGGGCACCAAACAUAUAGAGCUCGUGGUGAAAGGAAAGGAAAUCUUCAAGGGGAAGUUGUUCGGGUCAACGGUGGGUGAUGAAGCCACAUGGACACUUGAGGACAAAAAGCUGAUCAGGAUCAUUCUGAUGAAGACAAACCGCGAUGCGGGGAACUGUUGGACGUCGCUGUUAGAGGAGCAGUACGCCGCUGACCCAUGGCUGCAAGACCAGAUGCAGAGGAAACUCACCCUGGAGAGGUUCCAGAGAGAGAAUCCAGGGUUUGACUUCAGUGGGGCAGAAAUCUCUGGAAACUUCCAUGGCGGUGGACCGGAUUUCAGCAGUUUACAGAAGUAACUUAUAAUUCAGGAGAAUAAGACUUUGUAAAGUCUGCAGGUUUUUUUUUGUGCUCAAUUGGAUAUUAAAGGUGGGGUGCACGAUCUCUGAAAGCCAGUGUUAAGAGAUGUGCGAUUCUCUACCCAACUCUGCUGCAUACUUAAAAUAUAAAAUGUUCACGGAUUGUUUUAAAGCCAAAAUGUAAAGUCUCUCAAAGUCUUUGGGCCCAUAAUACAGAUCCAAGUAAAAGGUACCAUUUUCCUCCUCAUUAUUUCAAGCCCUCACAGUCUAGUGAAGAAUUUGGCAACAUGGUGUAUUUAUUAUUGACAGGACCACAGUGUGUGGACACUUGUCAUUGGUGAGCAAAUCAGAUGAGUGAAAAAAAAAAAAAAAAAAAAAGGACAAGUGAGCAAAGUUAGCGUUUCAAUAAGUGUUUUAUUGAAAGGUCCAUGUUCAGGGUACCACUCAUUAAUUUGGUCAAAUCAAAUAACAUUUAAAUCAACUCAAUUGUCUGUUAGUACCCUUGAGAAAACAACGACUUUUGUCCUGAUUAACAAUUUAAGCCAUUAGACCUCAUCCAUGUAGUUUAAUUUUAAACCCUGACCUACAAAAUCAAAAGGUCAGUCGUAUUAGCGUUUAGUGAUGGAUCACGUUAACUAACCGCUGCUGAACAAAACAGCAGUUAAAAAGAAAAGGAACUUCUAUAUAAUCACCUUGGGCAGGAGUGUGCUAGAGGACAGUAACAACCUAGGGUGGGAGUUAAGGGCUUUGGGCCGAUUUCUUGGUUCCUCUGAUGUUCGUUUUAUCACAAAACCCUUCUCCCUCCUCUUCCACAUAGUGGACUGAGGACCUAGGCGGUUCAAUACUUUCAACUGCUUUAAACAACCAGCGCAAUCAGGCACCGAUUUAAAUGAGCAGGCCACAUACACACCCUUGAGCCGGUCAAACCACUGGAGUUACAACCUUCUCUGGCUGAGGGCCAUCAAAAAACUUGACUAGAGUUUUCCAAAGUCAAAUAUUUGCAAGCUCAUAGAAAAAUAAAGUUUAAAAAAAAAAAGUUUCCGUACAGAUCUUCACACUUGAUACAGACAUUCUGUCUAGAAGCCAAUAUCAAAACAGUACAUUAGUCAGAAAUUAAAGAGGACAAUAAAAGGGGGAAGGGAAAAAAAAAAAAAAAAAAA